AUGGGAGAAUCAGAGUUCACAAUAGAGCUCCAUCACGGAGGAAAAUUUAUUGACAGGGGAGAUGGACUACAAUAUUUAGGUGGGUUGGUUGUGGAAGACUUGCAUUUUGAACUAGAUGAAUGGUCUUUGCAAGAGAUAGUGAGUUUGCUGAAGGGUCUAGGCUACAAGGGUUAUGCGAAGCUAUGGUGGAACGAACCUGGGAUGGAGUUGAAGUUAGGUCUGAAAGAGUUGAAGUCAGAUGGGGAUGCUGUUAGAAUGGCUAGGGCUUUAGUUACUGAUUCUGUGAAGCAUGGUAUAGUGUACACUGUUGAUGGUUAUAGAGAAGGUAAUGGGGUUGAAAUCACAUCAAUGGAUCCAGAUUAUGUCCCAGAUGAAGGUGAGGAUAGUGGACUGAUAGAAGUAGAAGUCGAUGCAGAGUCAGAACCCUCAACUGAGGAGGAUAGGUUUGAUGAUAGUGCUGAUGAUGGUGAACAUGAGGAUUACUUUGGGUUCGAUGUAGAGGAUGGUGUUGAUGAUGGACAAGCAAAUGCGUUUGGUGGGUUCAAUGGCCCGCUAAAUCAAGAAGCCACAACAGAUAAGGGUGCUGAGGAUAAUGAAGCUCCUGGAGAGAUGGAUGAAGAAAUUGGAGACAUUUCAGAUGGUUAUGAAACUGAAGACAUAGAUAGUUACGAGGGAGAUUCUGAUAACAUGAUUAAGAAAAAAAGGUUUCCUAAGUAUGAUGAGGCAGAAAUGUGUAGAGAGUAUCAGUUUAGGGUUGGGUUGGAGUUCAAAACACUGUCCCAGUUUAAAGAGGCAAUUAAGGAGCAUGCCUUAUUGAAUGGGAGAGACGUUAGGUAUAAGAAGAACGACAAGUUGAGGUGCAGAGUAGUGUGUAAGGGACAAAAAGGAAAGUGCAAGUGGAUUUGCUUUGCAAGUAAGGUAGGAGGAUCUGAUUGUUUUAGGAUAAAAACCUUGAAGGGCAAGCAUACCUGUGGGAGAAGUUAUACUGGUAGGCUUGCUUCUAGUGAGUGGAUAUCAAAAAAGAUUGUGAACAACAUUAGUCGUGGAGAAGAUAUGCGGCUGGCCACUAUUAUUCAAACAAUUCAGGACAAGUAUAUGGCAAAUGUUAGUGUUGGAAAGGCUUACUGGGCAAGGAGAAAGGCAAGGAAAGAAGUACAUGGAAGGGCCAUACUACAAUAUGCUAAAUUGAGGGAUUAUUGUGCUGAGAUUUUAAGGGCAAAUCCGGGGUCCAAGCUUAGUAUUGUUAUAGAUAGGCCAUCUUUAACUCACCAACCGCGUUUCAUGAGGAUGUACAUGUGCCUUGAUUCAGUGAAGCAGGGCUUCUUGGCUGGUUGUAGGCCGAUCAUAGGAGUGGACGGGUGUCACUUGAAAGGGGACCACGGUCAGCAGCUACUAGUUGCAGUAGGGAGGGAUCCUAAUGACAAUUAUUUUCCAAUUGCGGUUGCAGCAGUGGAGGCGGAAACAAAGGACAGCUGGGGAUGGUUCUUUGAUCUGUUGCUGAAUGAUAUCGGUGAAUCAAGAAGAUGGGUAUUCAUGUCGGAUCAACAAAAGGGUUUGAUGCAAGUUUUUGGUGAGAUGGAACCUUCUAUUGAGCAUAGAUUAUGUUUAAGGCAUCUCUAUGCAAACUGUAAGAAGGCAUAUGGUGGAGGGACAGUUCUGAGGGAUCUAAUCCUAUCCAUUGCUAAGGCUACCUAUGUGGAAGAGUGGGGACGAAGAAUGAAUCUGCUGAAGGAGAAAAAUAGGGACUGUUAUGAUAAACUGAUGGGAGUGGACCCAAAGUUGUGGACAAAGAGCCAUUCACGUUUAUGGCAAAGAGUGAUAUGCUAA